AUGCGGCAGAUUUUGACGAAAUUGAUGAAGCACAAGAACGGGUGGAUAUUCAACAAGCCUGUUGAUGCGGCUGCUUUGGGGCUUCAUGAUUAUCAUCAAAUUGUGAAGCAGCCGAUGGAUCUGGAUACAGUGAAGUCGAAUAUGGCAAUAAUGAGAUCUAAAACCUACGUGAUUAAAUUGACUCUGGUGGCAUUCAACAUUACCAGUAGCAAUAACAAUCCUGGGCCACAAGGCAAGAUGAAGAAAUUAUUAGUUAACAAACGGCAUGGAGCCCCAGUUGGAUCCAAUAAGGAUCUAAAGAAACCCUGCAAUGGAUUUCUUGAUAAUGGAAAUUUAGAAGUUGUGAGUUCAAAUGUUCAAUUGAUUGUGAGGGAACAAAAGGGAGUCAAACAUUGCGGCUUUAGGGAAAUUAAGGCUGGGAAGGAGAUAUAUACACCUAAAGAGGCAGGAGCUUGUAGGAAAAGAAAAGAAUUGACGGUGGUGCUUGCAACAACAUGGCCUUGCGGUGGUGCUUGGGACAGCGGUAGUGGUGGUGUUGAUGGCGGUAGUGAGAUUAUUUUGAGAAUUCCAGCAUUCUGUCUAAAUUCAUCAGGGAAAAUGAUGAAGAUUGAUUUUAGUGGUCUCCCGGCCUCAGCCCCGCUUUGUGGCGACACGGAUAAAUUGUACAAUGAGAUCUCGACCAAAUGUGUUUAUUGUGAUCAAUUGUGA